GGGAGUUCUAUGACUAUGAUAAAUAGUAGGAUGAUAUGAGUCCUUUGGGAUUAUAUAACGUAGGGUAUAUACCUCUUGUACAACCUCAUCUGUGUCAUUCCAUUGCAUAACAUCAUAGAUGUAAACCAACAAUCUAUGGUCAUUAAGUGUACUACAUUUGUAAGACAUAAUAGAUAUUUCUAUAUGCCAUAUACAUCUCUCUUCUAGUCUUCCAUGAUCAGCGAGAAAGAGGAAUCCUUAAAUAUACACACUGAUGGAGAACUCACAGAGGAGAAAGAAAUAGAUCAUGGCACAUCGCGUACUACUAGUAUGUACAGUCAAGUUGACAAUGCACUUUCCAGUAACGACAAUGAGCAAUUGAGAAAACUAGCACGUUUAUCCGCUUUAGAAAGGUCGAGGUCUCUUCGUACAGCAACUUGGUGCCAUUUCUUGAAAAUACCCAGCGAGAAAACAACUUUACCUCCAGUGUCUGAAUUUUGGAAAUCACCCAGCAAAUCGAGAAGCAGAUCACGAACACGUUCACCAAAUGGUAGAUACGCACUCGCCAGACAGUGGUUCUUCUGGUCUCCAUUUAGUGAGGAAGACGUUGAAGAAAUCGAUGAACGAUACAGCUUGAACGAAUACUUGUGCCUUUUUAGCGAACAAGAUAGACGAAGUUUGAGAAUAGCACAUCCGGAUGAACAUCAAGUGAGGUUAGAUAUCGACAGAUCAUUUAUACACUACCCUCGCAACAUUACAUCCAAGCAGAAAGAUCAAUUGAAAGCUUUAUUACAUGAUCUAAUCAUUAGUACACUACGAUUACGACCUUCGUUGCAUUACUUCCAAGGAUUUCAUGACAUUAUUGGUGUAUUAGUAGUAGAGCUUGAUUUAGAUUUACUAAGGAUGCAGAAAUUUGUAGAGAAAUUCGCUCUACAUUGGUGCAGAGAUGGUAUGGGUGUCGGACUAGAACCUAUUCUAGGAUGGCUAAGGUUAAUCCAAAAGAUACUCAUAGCAGUAGAUUUAGACUUAGCCGUUAUAGUCGAGAAAACUUCUCCUGAGCCUUUCUUUGCACUCUCAUGGAUACUCACACUCUUUGCACACGAUGUAACAUCUCAAGCGGGGAUUGCCAGAUUGUUCGAUGUUUGGAUUGCAGAAGGACCACACACGUUGGUCUAUUUCUGUGUUGCUUUGAUUCUUCAUAAAAAGGAGCAAAUUAUGGGUGUAGUCAAGAGUGAAGAUUUCGAUGACGAUAUUGGCAAUCUUCAUGCGAUACUUUCCAGUAUACCUGACUCUUUGGAUAAAGAGUUACCAUUACUUUUAGAUUCAAUGAUGGAAAUAAAGAGAACGUAUCCACUUAACCAUCCGUUUGUAGAUGUCGAUGUAAUCAUGGGCUCUUUUUCUGUCCUCAGAUCACCACCAAUAAGUAUUUCUGAUGAAGCCGCUGAGUUUGCAACCAGGAAGGUUGGAAACUUAGUAAAACAACCGCUCCCUGCUCUUGAAAUACUUGCUUCUGCAAUUGUAAAACGCAACCAAGAUCAAAAGCUACAAUUGAUGAGAAGGAACCGUGUCAAAUGGGCAAUUACAUUUUUGGAUACUACACGAAGAGGAAGCCAGAUGUCUUGGGCUUACUUAAGAGCACAUUAAAC